UACAGAGAACCAGGAAGUUAACAUUUUGUUAUGACAAGUCGUAAAAUGAACUUUGAUUCCAAUGUUUAUUUAUUAGACUUACGUAAUAAUUAGGGUCAUUUGGACCACAAUGGCUGAAUGCAAGAAAGAACACGGGGAAUGUGGGAAAGGCUGUUUCGUUGAUUCGGUGAUUCAUGUGGAUGUCAAGGACUACUAUGGGAAGACCCUGAAGAAAACGUCUGACCUGAAGAGUAAUGCCUGCUUAGCCCCGUCUCAGCCCAUCCCAGCCUUCAUCCUCAAGGCUCUGAAGAAGAUCCAUCCUGAAGUCACAGCCAAGUACUAUGGGUGUGGGCUGGUGGUCCCAGAGUGCCUGGAGGGCUGCAGGCUGCUGGACCUGGGCAGUGGCAGUGGGAGAGACUGCUACAUGCUCAGCCAACUGGUCGGGGAGAAGGGCCAUGUCACAGGCAUCGACAUGACUGAGGACCAGCUUGAGGUUGCCAGAAAGUACGUGGACCACCACACGCAGGAGUUUGGAUACGGGAAGCCCAACGUGGACUUUGUUCAGGGCUACAUCGAGGCUCUAAAGGAGGCUGGACUCAAGGAGAACUCCUUCGAUAUCAUCAUAUCCAACUGUGUGGUGAAUUUGUCCCCAGACAAGAGAAAAGUAUUGAGUGAUGCUUACCGCGUGCUGAAGGAUGGAGGAGAGCUGUACUUCAGUGAUGUCUAUAGUAGCAGUAAGCUCUCCGAUGAGAUCAAGAAUCACAAAGUCCUGUGGGGGGAGUGUUUAGGCGGAGCGCUUUGGUGGGAGGACCUAGUGCGAUUGGCUCAGGAGGUGGGAUUCAGCCCCCCGCGAUUGGUCACGGCCAACGUCAUCACCGUGGACAACAUGGAACUGGAGGCCGUCCUAGGUGACUACAAGUUUGUCUCUGCCACCUACCGUCUCUUCAAGAUCCCCAAAAUAUCCAACAAAGGCUCUCUGGUCAUAUACAAUGGCAACAUCACUGGUUUUGAGGAGAGUCUGGAGUUUGAUGCUCAGUACACAUUCAAGGUGGAUGAGGUAGUGGAGGUGGAUGGAGAGGUGGCCAGCAUCCUCAGCCACUCCAGGUUUGCUGAGGAGUUCACUUUCCAACUGCCCGGAGUACCUGCUGGAUGUAGUGUAAAGAAACCCAAGGUGGGCACGGUGAAUCCCUUUGAACUGGUGCUGCAGCUGGGGAGUGCAACUGUCUCUUCUGCCACAGGGGGGUGCUGUGGUGCAGAGUCAUCCUGUUGCAAGUGAUGGGGUAGCCAAGAUAUGAGAGAGACAGAGAAUGAUUAUACUGUGUAUGAAUGAACAAUAAUUGUAAUUCAUGUAAAACUAUGGAUUUUUGUCAAGCCUUAAAUUAGGCUCAUGUAUUAACUGUAUAACUGUGAAUAUUGUCAUAAUCCAAACACAUUUCCGGCAGUGAAGAA